AUGUAUAAGCAAUUUGACAUGCGCUCGCACGGUCAUCAGCCGGAUGGCAGCAGCAGCAGGCCAUUCACGCGCAAGGCCGUCCGCAACUGCGAAAGCAACGGCAGUAGCUGCCCACGGCCGAGCUGCUGCCUCCAACACUACACACGCCUGAACCCGCCGGCGCCGGUGCGUGGGUCUUUUGGCUCACCAGAAGAACGAUGUCAGAUGUGGGAUGCACUGCAUCCCCUGCGGCUGCACACCCCGCUGCGGUUGCCGCUGCUGCUGCUGGCGUUGCUCCUCAAAUGCUUCCGCUCGGAUGCCGCGCUCGAUGUUGACAAGGCACUGGAUCACAACAUCGAGCCGCGGGCGGCCAUCGGGAUUGUGGCUGAGACAGCGGCGACCCAGCUCAAUUAUUGGCGCGGCCAUGGGUUCAUCUUCGGGCCAGAGGAGGCUCAGAUGACCCUCCCGAACUCCUAUGACUACAUCCGCUGUGGAACCGUAAAUGUACACGGAAUAUACACACCGAAGGGCACCCAGGGGGGUCGUGGUCAUGUGACAUAA